GGGCCUUGGGCCGAGUCAAUGGACAUGAACCUCGCUUCUAGCAACCAUGAAGAGAUGCACGACAUAUGGGUCGUUCCGUGCCUGGUAUAUCUACAGACCGAGUUUCGGAGCUCCUCCUCUCUACCUGGCUUGCUUUGCACGGAAUUUCGCCGGUCACAAAGUCCUCGGAAUCAGACGGGGGAGUUGGCUGGAUGGAUUCCUUGAGCUCAGUACAGCGCACCCCUAAGAGGAGGCAUGUAGUUGCAACAACCCAGACAGACGCCGGGGUCAAAAUAGUGCCAUCCGAAUUGUUCGUUGGUUUUUCCGUAGAUAGCGGUCCCCGGACGCCACAUAAACUAGCUCAGCACAGCGGAUCGGCGGUAGGGGACCUGAUGGAUCGAAGGCACUUCUGGCAUCUAAUUACGACGCACGUCCUGUGCUUCCCCAGUAUCUCCGCUUGGCGUCAUAAACAUGCCAGGCAUGCGGCAAUUAUUAAGAUCAGGAGGCAACGCUGCGUCGUAGCAAAGGACGUCCAGGCCUGGUAUCAUCGAUCUGUAAUACUCGGACAGGCACUCAGCUCUUCCGUAGAUGAAUGAGGAAACGCCCCACAGACGGAUCGGGACAGCGGAGGAACUCGUCUCGGUUUUUUAUUUUGUUUCGGAUCUACCGCCGGCGCGGCCUCUCCACUUGGUCCUGUGGGUGCCGCAGCACGACGGCCGAGGCCAAAGUGCAAAGCACGAAUACACUCGCACGGCAUGGUUCGAUCAGGAGCGGCGGCGGGCCCAAACGCCGUGAAUCGUUCGUCCCGACUGAAAGAAAAAGACAUUCGUGCUUCGCAUGCUGAUACCGAACUUAACUAGCCAUGUUUUGGCAUCCGAGACUAUAG